CUACAAAAAUUGUAAUCAUUAAAUAUUAAAGUAAUUAAGCGAAUAUUGUAUAGCGUGAACCGCGCGUGGAGCAUGUUUGUGAGAUGCCGCCGAAGGAGGAUUUAUUGCUGAAGAUAAUCCCCGAAAGUUCUCCUUGGUCGAGGCUACGGCGUUGGUUUCUUAGUACACGGAUAGCGUCGCGAAAACAUCCGUUGACGCUAUACUGCCUGAAGAGUACCCAGGCGAUCGAUUACGAAAUCAGUCGACACCUCAAGUCCCAUCCCUACAUGAUCCAUCCCUUCAGUUCUUUCAGAAUAUGUUGGGAGUCUGUGAUGACGCUGUUUAUCGUAGCGGCUCUGUUGGCCACUCCAGUCUUCCUCGCAUUUUAUUUUGACGAAUAUGAAAAAUGGUAUAUCUUUAACCUUGCGAUCGACGCUGUAUUUAUGUGUGACAUUGUGAUCUGGUUCUUUACCGGUUAUUAUGAUUCUAAUACACAUUUGAUAGUUCUGGACCCGAGAAUCGUGGCGAGCAAGUAUCUACGGGGUUUCUUCGUUGUGGACAUGUUAUCAGUACUACCAUUGGAAUUUCUCAUCGUGCUCUUCGAGUCGAUGUGGUACUUGGCAUCGUUGAACCUGUUGAAGAUACUGUGGAUUCGAACCGUCAUCACUUAUUCACGCAGACUCUAUUACGUAUAUCGAGUUAAUUUCCAUCUGUACAAGGUAGCGAAGAUAAGCGUCAUCAUCGUCGUAUGUGUCCACUGGGCCGCUUGCCUGGAGUAUUAUUUGCCGUUAGCGGUCGCCAAGAUAGUCGAGCAAAAUGACGCAUCAUGGAUUAUUCGAUCGUCUUACAUGAUGAAAAGGAGAACAAAAUUUGCGAUCUAUCUAACAUGUGUUAACAGAGCUGUUAUCGCCCUGAUCGGAUCCACGCAUUAUUUGCACGUCAGCGCCCCAGAGGAUAUUAUAUAUAAUCUAAUUCUUUCUGUCCUCGGAAUGCUUGGAUUUAUUUAUCUGCUGGCGCGACUCUCGCAGUUAAUGAUGACGUUUCAUUCCACCCGCAAGAGACAUUUGAAAUUAAUCCAGCAGCUACAACAGUAUAUGAGGUACAAGGAAUUGCCAUAUUCAUUGCAGCAACGAUUGCUGGCCUACUACAAUUACCGCAACAAAAAAGGAUUCGAGAGGGAUAAGAUUAUUAUCAACCACGUAUCGCCCUACUUGCGAGAAAAGCUUCUUUUACACAAGUAUCGCCGAUUGAUGAAUACCGUGGAGCUGUUUGGAUACCUGCCGCAAACAGUGGUGACACAAUUGAUCGGCGCCGUGCGCUCUGAGAUUUUUAUGCCAAACGACGCGCUGGUCAAAGCCAGUACACGCGGCGAUGCUUUGUACUUCGUCGCCUCCGGCACCGUGGCUGUCUACAACAAUGUGGGGAAAGAGAUUUGCCACUUGGAGGACGGGGCAUAUUUCGGUGAGCUGGCCCUGUUGAUGGAGGAUGAGCGCUGGAUCGCGAGCGUCGUUGCCGCGGAGAAUUGCGAGGUUUACGUAUUAUCGCGCGGCGACUUUCAAUACGCUCUGACGCCGUAUCCCGAUCUCCUUGCACAUUUGCAAAAGGUCGCAUUGGCGCGUCCGGAGCAGACGCCGCUGCUCGAGAAGGCCCACGAACUGGACUCGCCAACAAUCAUGUCCGGGAACGUCAAUAUCAGCAGCAUAAAAGUCAAAAGGAGGGACUAAGCUGUCGACGCGAACGUCGUGAAAGCGUUAU